AUGUGUGUUAGUGAUAGGCACAUUAUGUUUGGAGACUCCAAGGGUAAGAUUUGUGUUUAUUAUUUAAAAACUUAUAAAAAAGUGUGUGAAUUAAAGGGAUAUUCAUCAAAAAUAAAUGUUAUGGUGAAUAACGCUAAAUAUUUAAUUUCAGGGGAUGAUGACGGUAAUGUGAUCGUAUUUAAUCUUAAUGAUUUCAGUAUUUGUUAUAGACUCAAACAUAAGAGAGAAGUUAUUUCAAUUUCAAUAUCACCUGAUGAAUUGUCAUUUGCCACUGGGGAUUUGAUAAAACAGUCCAGCUUUGGAAUUUAA